CGUGCCACCUUGUGAAGUGUCAAAAAUUACCCAAACCUCAAUAAUAAAAAGAAAACCCUUACUCAAAACUAGGGUUUCUCUCAUCUCAGUGCGGAAGAGCUCUUUCCCUCCUAAACCCCACAACCUUCUUCUUCUCUACAUAACAGGCGAUUUCAAGUUUCCUUACAAAAUGCUGUAGCACAAACGGGAGAUGGGAGUAUUAUAGCAGUAUCUGUUAUCUGUUUGUAAAAAGGGACCUGAAUUCAUAGAUAUUACAGUUUGUUCGAUUUGCCAGUAUGGAUACCAAAAGAGCAGAAGAACUCAAAGUCUUGGCUAAUGAAGCGUUUAAAGGAAACAAAUAUAAUCAAGCCAUUGACUUGUAUACUCAAGCGAUUGAGAUAAAUAGCCAGAAUGGUGUUUACUAUGCAAAUCGUGCAUUUGCGCACACGAAACUUGAGGAAUAUGGGAGUGCUAUCCAGGAUGCCACGAAGGCUAUCGAAGUUGAUCCUAAAUAUUCAAAGGGUUACUACCGGCGAGGUGCAGCAUAUCUUGCAAUGGGAAAAUUUAAGGAUGCUCUGAAAGAUUUUCAACAGGUCAAGAAAAUAUGUCCCAAUGAUCCUGAUGCUACUAAGAAGUUGAAGGAAUGUGAGAAGGCUGUGAUGAAGCUUAAAUUUGAAGAAGCCAUUGCUGUACAUGGCUCAGAAAAAUGCUCAGUAGCUGAAUCCAUUGAUUUUCACACUAUAGAGGUGGAGCCACAGUAUACUGGUGCCCGAAUAGAGGGGGAAGUUUUGACCUUGGAUUUCGUGAAGAAAAUGUUGGAUGACUUCAAAAACCAGAAAUCAUUACACAGAAGGUAUGCGUACCAAAUUGUAUUGCAAACAAGAGAAAUGUUGCGUGCCUUGCCUUCCUUGGUUGAUGUGUCAAUAGCAGAAGGAAAACAUUUCACUGUUUGUGGUGAUGUGCAUGGUCAGUUUUAUGAUCUGUUGAACAUAUUUGAGCUCAAUGGUCUCCCUUCAGAAGAUAAUCCGUACUUAUUUAAUGGUGACUUCGUUGAUAGAGGAUCCUUUUCUCUUGAGGUCAUUCUUACACUAUUUGCGUUCAAGUGCAUGUCUCCAUCAGGAAUUCAUCUAGCUAGAGGUAACCAUGAGAGCAAGAACAUGAACAAGAUUUAUGGUUUUGAAGGCGAGGUAAAAUCAAAGUUGAGCGAGGCUUUUAUUGAACUCUUUGCCGAAGUGUUCUGUUGUCUACCCUUAGCACAUGUCUUGAAUGGGAAGGUUUUCAUAGUUCAUGGAGGGCUUUUUAGUGUUGAUGGGGUGAAACUUUCCGACAUUAGGAAAAUUGAUCGAUUCUGUGAACCUCCAGAAGAAGGUUUGAUGUGUGAGUUGCUAUGGAGUGAUCCGCAACCUCUUCCUGGUCGAGGCCCCAGUAAACGAGGUGUAGGUCUUUCUUUUGGUGGAGAUGUCACAAAGAGAUUUUUGCAAGAGAACAACCUAGAUCUAGUGGUUCGAUCUCAUGAAGUGAAGGAUGAAGGAUAUGAGAUUGAGCAUGACGGUAAACUUAUUACUGUGUUUUCUGCUCCAAAUUACUGUGAUCAGAUGGGUAAUAAAGGUGCUUAUAUAAGGUUCGAAGCCCCUGAUAUGAAGCCAAACAUCGUCACUUUCUCUUCUGUGCCUCAUCCAGAUGUCAAGCCGAUGGCAUAUGCGAACAACUUCCUCCGGAUGUUCUCUUGAGGUCCAUUUCCCUCUCCCUUCUGUUCUAUUAAGUUAUCUAGUCAAAAGUUUGUGGAAGGCAGUUGGGUUUUGGAAUACAAAACAAAGAUUGCGAAGUUGAUGCAAGAUGCCACCAGAAGAGUCCGUAAACAAUUACCAUUUGUGCAAGGGGCCAUAGCUAUGCUAUGGCUUUGUUUUGUGAUGACGAAAUUCAUUUAAACCUACCGCCUGCCUGCAGAUCAUGUUACAGUUUAAGAUGUUAGGUUAAAGCUCUCUUCAGAUGCAAGCACAACUGCUUGUGGAAUGUAAGACUUGUUUUCUUCUCAGUGUAAUAAUUUUAAAUUAUAUAAUUGAUCUCUGUUUUCCGUGUCUUCUGAUCUUCUAUUACAGAAGAGCUCAAAGCUUGGGUGGAGUUUUGCAUUAGAGUAGGGAGUAAUUAAAUUGAUUGAACCACGGAUAAUAUAGGUGCACUGUUAGUUACUAACUUGUAGAAACAGCAAGGUUCACUGUUGCUCAGCCAAAUUGUCCUUUUGCUUGCUCUGUA